GCAUCUCAUCACAUUCUUUCACUAACACCUUCUCCUUUUUCUUUCUUCUACCUUCUCUUCGCUUCUCACAUCAGAGACUCUCAAUGGCAAAUGUGGUGGAAGUCAAGGUUGGUUUACACUGUGACGACUGUAUCAAGAAAAUUCUUAAGGCCAUCAAGAAGAUUGAAGAUAUUGAGACGUAUAACGUGGAGAAACAGUUGAACAAGGUGAUUGUUACAGGAAAUGUUACAACGGAAGAAGUUAUUAGGGUUCUUCAUAAGAUUGGCAAGAAUGCAACCCCAUGGGAAGAAGCUCAACCCCAACCCAAUUGCUGAAUUCAACUUUUCUUUUCCUCAAACAAAAAUAUAUAAAUUAUGGACAUAAAUUAUAGAGCUUUAUGUCAAAUUCUAUCAUAUA